CGGAGUUAUAUCUGAAAUAAAGACUUCAUCUGAGAAAGUAGUCAGUUGGUUAGAUCAACACAGAGAGUGAGUGAAAACACUCCAAUUGUUUGUGAACCGUCACUACGUAUUAAGACUUACAGUUGCAUGUUCUAUUAAACAGGGCAUGUCAAAGAACUGAUAUGAGUGGGUUUACAAGCAGUACCCAAUUUGGUGGGCGGGGAAGGUGGAGGGGCAGAGGACGAGGCAGAGGGAGGGGCGGAGGUCAUGAGUCACCAGAAAGACCCCCGAAAACCAGCGAAUGUGCAACAGAUAAACCAGCGAAGACAUUAAGACACAGUCUGACCCAUGGGUCCAGCGAGCUGUGUGAGCUCUAUGUCGGAGGACCAUGUUCCUGCUCUCGUUUACAUCACCAGAAAAGGGCACCGUAUGUGUGGCAAUAUGAGUCUUUGCCUGACAGAUGGAGCUUUCUAUCCAAUGAACAAACGGAACUGGUGGAGCAAGCAUUCUGCAAUAACGAGGACGAAACGGUGGUGGAGAUCAAGAGAUUUGGAUGUAUCAAAGAAACAACUGUCACCUUUGACGGAAUUCUUGACCCACCUACGAGAAAUUCAGUUAAUAAGUUCAGUUUCCAAAGAUUGUCAACUCGGUCUUACGCGGAGGCCGGAAGUGACGCCAUCUCUCUCUACACACAGUGGGUGUGGUACUGGAAGGACAAUGAUGCAAAGUGGCAUCCCUUUCUUCCGCCGGAGCUUCAGCUGACCCUGGAGACCAAGUACCUGGCAGGACAGGACACCUACCUCUACACUAUCGGAGAUCAGGAAUACCGCCUGGACUUUACAUCUCUGGUUCAGGUCAACAGGAAGUAUCAAACUCGGAGGCUAGUCAACCGGAGACCGAUGUUUGUAUAAAUUUAUGACGCCCGGGACUGCCUUAAUACAUGUUCCAGUUUAUUGAUGUCCCCGGCGACAGUAACACAAACUGACGUCCCCCCGACCUGGACUCCUCUUGACCGUUACCAGAACUGUGAAAAGGUGGAACUCGAAACCAGCACCGAUGAAUUUACUACAGU